AUGGUUGCAGAAGACGACGCAUCCAGCACCAAAACCGCCUGUCCUACAGCACUCAUCGCCAACGUCCUCAUCCUGCCUGACGGUGAGCAGCCCGUCCACGUCGAACUAUCAAAUUGGGACCAGAUAGACGACUUCCUCACCCGCGAUCAUGACGAGCACCCCGGCCAGUGGAAGAUGUUUAUCCUAAACGGCCUGCAUACAAAGCUGGCGUCCGAGCUGGCCGUGCGGCUGGAUAUUGACCCCGGGUUUUUCGACAGCCACGUCUACAGAACGAGGUACAUCCCUCCGCGGCGGGAGGCCACGCGAAAAGAAGGGGCCAAGGAGCAGAACCAAAGCAAAGCAGCCACAGACGCCGGCGUCCACUUCUUCCAGCUCGACUUCCCGCAGGUGGAAGAGCUCUCCGUCCCCGCGGCGAUCCAGACGUCGCGGAGCUCAGAGAUUCCGCUCCUGGAGACGCGGUGGAUGCUCGAGGAGAACGUGCUCAGCCUGGCGCCGGACGCGAGGAAGGCGUACCUCUUGGACGGGACGCUGUACCGCUGGGACGGCGUGCUUGUGGGCGUAUUUGGGUACUGGAGGAGGAUGUCGUGGUGGAGUUGCGAGCGGGAGAAGACAUACAAAUGGAUGCUAAUCGCCACGGACACCAGCCGUCAUGGUUAUAGACGGGCCGCUGGAGGCGAUUCUCCCGCCACACGUGUCGCCCGCGCAGCUCGCGACGCAGCCGUUCAGGAACAGCAUCAGGCGCAAGGACGCCAACGCCGUCGAGGCCCUCGACAGCCUGGAGCGCCGGCGCCCGCAGACGUUUCUGGAGAGGUUCCUCGGGCAGGGCGGCGCGGCCAGCGUGUACGAGGUUGCGACCGACGUGGCGCUGCAGCAGUGGAAUCUGCUCCUCGCCGCGGUGCAGGUCGACAGGGGGCCCAACCAGGCAAACUACCUGCUGGAGAUCACUCGCAGCGCAUCGAGAACAACGCGCUCGACUGCCGCCGCUACACGCGCGGGGCAGGCGAGGCGGCCAACGCCUGGGGGGACCUGGGCAGGCUGCUCCCGCAGAGGAGGGACUCGGCGUUUCUGCAGAUGGUGACGGGGUUCCACGACAAGUUGCAGCGGCUGGAGCGGAAGCUGCCCUCGCCGCCGUCGGCCUCCAGGGUGGACGCCCUGGCGCGGGAGGUGCGCGAGGACCGGAGGGCGCUGGACCGGCUCUCGUACAUGGGGGGGAUCCUGCUGCCGUUUUCCAUCGUGGCGGGCAUGUUUUCCAUGGCGGGCCGGUUCGCGGCCGGCGGGGGCCUGUUCUUUGUGUACUGGGUGCUUGCUGUGCCGGGUGUGCUGGUGGCCACGGUGCUGGUGUACGCGGACUCGCUGCGGACGAAAAAGGUCCGCAGGGUGCGCAGGGGCCGGAAGCAGCCUUCGCGGCUGGGCUGGCUGUUUGGCAGGAGGAGGAGGGACAGCGGUUCGACGACGUCGACGGACACGAGCUCCGUGUCGGGGGAGAGUGCGCGUGGUGGACAGGACGGCGGCCGUGGUGGUGGUGAGCCGGGACGACUGCGGGCGGCGACGGGGACGCCGAUGCCUUGGAGAUUGGGGCCGAGGCCGGUCUGGCCCGGGUUUGGGGAGGAUGUGGUGAGGGCUGACGAGACGGAGGAUCUGGGGUGGUGGAGGGCAUUGUGGACGUUGGUUGGGUAUAGGCCUCUUUGGGCUGCCGAGAGUGAUAUGCGUUGA